CGAUUGCUGUGAUUACGGCAUGGCGUCGUCCAAGUCGUGUGUCAUCGUUGAUUACAGGUGAAAAACGUAUUACAGGCGUAAACUAAAAUACGAAGAUUUUUACAUGCAGAUUAUUAAUGAACAAGCUCUCGUAAUAAUUUUAAAUACAGGUGAGAGUCGAAAAGUACGAGAAAUGUUAUGCCACAUGGAGAUCAAGGGGAAAUUUUGACCGUACGAUUAGCGACAACGCAGAUUGGUUUACGCUAUGGCGGCAAAUUCUAGUUGAAAAGUGUACGCUUGCAAAUGCCAAAAAUGUUUCAACGUUGGUACGUCGAUGAUUAAGAAGUGCAAACGAAAAUAUUCUUUUGAUUGUUUCAUUCGUGAAAUUCUUCUAUCGUAAGAGAUAUCGUUUGAAAAUUGAAAUUUUCUGGAGUCAUGCAUUUUAAAGCACAGUGGCGACUUAUCAUGGCGGCGAAAUUUUCUUAGCUGUGGCCGCCGUGCUAUGCGUACGAUUACCAUCGUACAUAAUAUCAACUCGUUAGAAUCUCUACUCGUUGGAGUGUAUUUUAUGUAAAAACGUGAUCUGGCAAGAUGAAUAAGCGUCGUAGAACUUCAUCUGUUGCAAGUCGUGGCACAGAAGAUGAUGGAGAAGAUUUACCGCCUGAACCAACAAAAAGGCGAAAAAAAUUAGAUCCUAGUGAUUUGUGCCAACAAUUGUAUGACGUUCUUCGUAAUCAAAAGAAAGAAGAUGGAACGUUAUUAUGUGAUGCAUUUAUACGUGUGCCUAAACGUAGACAAGAACCAGGUUAUUAUGAAGUAGUAUCAAAUCCAAUAGAUCUCCUGAAAGUUCAACAAAAAUUAAAAACUGACGAAUAUCGUGAUAUGGACGAUUUGGCUGCAGAUAUUCAACUCAUGGUCAACAAUGCCAAAGCUUUUUAUAUGCGUACAUCUCCAGAGUACAAAGAUGCCACUGAACUCUGGGAACUAUGUAUAAACACCAAAAAUCGUAUUAUGGAAGAAUAUGAGGAUCCAGAGCCUAAAGGGAAACUAAUUUUAAAAGUUGGAAGAUUGGCACGUAAAGCUACCUUAAAGCAAGACGACGCAGAAGAUACUUCUGAAAGUUCUACAAAUCCUGAUGAAGAAACUAUGCAACAAUUUGAAGAUUUAUUUGCAGCAGUUAUGACAGCUACAGAUCCUACCGACAAUAACAGGCCAUUACAUACAAUGUUCCAAUUAAAACCGUCUAAAAAGUUGUAUCCAGAAUAUUACGAUGUAAUCGAAACACCAGUGGAUUUAAAAACUGUUGCAAGAAAAAUUCAAGAAGGUGCAUAUAGUGCAAUUGGAGAUAUGGAAAAGGAUUUAAUGCUAAUGUGCAGAAAUGCGUGUCACUUUAAUGAGCCUGGUUCGCAAAUUUAUAAGGAUGCUAAGCUUUUAAAGAAAAUUAUUACAACAGCUGCAAAAAGACAAGAUUCUGGAUUAGGAAAUAACAGUAUAAAAAUUGCAAGCACGGCACCUUCAACGCGAAGUAAAAGAGGAAGUCGUACGAUGGCACAGUCAUUGAUAGCACAAACAGCAUUAUUGCCAGAUGAAGAUGAAGAAAGUGAUGAUGAAGAAGAGGAAUCUGCAGAAACAGAAGAAGCAGAUAAUCCACAAUGGCAACUAUUUCAAACUAUUAGAACAGCUCCUAAUAAUCAAGGUGUUCGAAUGAGUGAAUAUUUUUGGAAAUUACCAUCGAAACGAUUAUAUCCUGAUUAUUAUAAGAUGAUUAAAAAUCCUAUAUCUCUACUACAAAUUCGUACAAAAAUAAAGAAAGGCGAAUAUGGUACUGUAAGUGAAGUUGCUGGUGAUAUGAACAUUAUGUUUGAAAAUGCUAAGAAAUAUAAUAUUCAUACUUCUAGAUUAUACAAGUGUGCUGUAAAAUUACAAAAAAUAAUGCAAGAAAAAGUACAAGAAUUAUUAGAGUUUGAUCAGGUAAAUGAAAGAUAUUAUAAGGAUUCGGAUUCAGAUAGCGAAUCUGAAAACAGUUCGCAACAGCCAAAGCUUAUUAAACGAGCAUCUAAUCUUUUAACUCGGGGAAAAUAUAAAGAUAAUAUACCAUUGAAAAAGCGUUUAUAUGCUUUAGUUAAAUGUGUCAUAGAAUACGUUUGUGAAGAUGGUCGACAACCAAUGUUAAUGUUUAUGGAAAAACCUUCGAAAAAAUUAUAUCCAGAUUAUUAUCAAGUAAUAGCAGAGCCUAUAGAUAUGUUAGCCAUUGAGGCAAAUAUAAAAGCAGAAAAGUAUCAAAAUGAAAAUGAAUUGAUUCAAGAUUUUAAGUUAAUGUUUAAUAAUUGCCGUCAGUAUAAUGAAGAAGGUUCUUUAAUAUACGAGGAUGCAAAUACAUUAGAAAAAGUUUUAAUGGAUAAGGUAAAAGAGUUAGGUCCUUUACCUGAACCAAUUAAACCUAAAUCAACAGCUUCUACGCCUACUAGGAACGUCGGGAGACCAAAGAAGGUAGUACCGUUACAUUUACAAAAAUUACGAACUAUGUAUGACACUAUAAAAGAUUACCAUGAUGCGAAAGGAAGACAAUUGUCUCUUAUUUUUAUGAAACUGCCAAAUAAAAAUGAAUACCCAGAUUAUUAUGAAGUUAUUAAACAACCAAUGAACAUGGAAAAAAUAGCAUCAACUUUAAAAAAUAAUGGAUAUGACAAUCUGGAUGAAUUGGUGUCAGAUUUUAUAUUAAUGUUUGAUAAUGCUUGCAAAUACAAUGAACCUGAUUCUCAAAUAUAUAAGGAUGCUUUAAUUCUUCAACGACUAGUAUUACAAACUAAAUUACAAUUGAGCGAAGAUGAAGAAAGUGUACCAGACGUAUCGGCGGCAAUUCAAGAAAUAUUAGCUACAAUAUUUACGGCUCUUUAUAAUCAUCAAGAUGAAGAAGGAAGGUGUUAUUCGGAUUCUAUGGCCGAACUUCCAGAACAUGAUAUUAUAGAGGGAAAGAAAAUACGUGGUUUAUCAUUGGAUUUAAUUAAAAGAAGAUUAGAUAGAGGCGUUUAUAAAAGAUUAGAUCGAUUUCAAGAAGAUGUAUUCAUAUGUUUAGAGCGAGCACGAAGACUCUCACGUACAGAUUCUCAACCUUUUGAGGAUAGCGUGGAAUUGCAAGCAUUUUUUCUACGCACACGUGAUGAAAUAACACGUGGAGGAGAUUUGUUACAUUCCCCUGCAUUAAACUAUACACUUCUUGAUCUUUCUGCGCAAGUAGCAGAAUUGAAACGUGUGAAACACCAACAAGAAUUAACUAUGCCUAAUGAAGAUGAAAGUUGUGACGGGAAUGAAACUAAAGAUUCUGAAACAAAUACCAAUACAGAGGGUAAUCAUAAUGAUGGUGGAGGAUCUAUGAGUUUCAAUCAAGAAGUAUACAGAGCUGGUGAUUUUGCUUAUAUAGAACCAACUGAAAGAGGCAUGGAAUAUAGCGUGGUAUUAAUAGAACGUCUUUGGACCAAUACAGAAGGACAACAAAUGUUGUAUGGAAAUUUAUUCUACAGGCCAAGUGAAACUUACCAUGUUGCAUCUAGAAAAUUUCUUGAUAAAGAAUUAUUUAAAAGCGAUGCUCAUGUUGCAGUACCAUUAAUUAAAGUUGCAGGCAGAUGUUGCGUUUUAAGUGUAAAAGAUUAUUUUAGAAUGCAGCCAGAAGGAUUUUUGGAAAAGGACGUAUACGUAUGCGAAUCUAGAUAUUCUACAAAAGCAAGAGCUUUUAAAAAAAUUAAAGUAUGGAAUUUUGAUCCAGAUCAUUUAAAGUUAAUUCCGCGAGAAAAACCUUUAGAACCGAAACGUGUUAUUUCCGUGUAUAAAGAAAGAUUAGAAAAACAUAAAGAAGAAAUUGCUGAAUUAGAAGAGGGAGAGAAAUUAACAGAAAAAGAAAGGCCUAAUGUGAUAUUAUACAAUUCAGAUGAUACUGAAAAUACAUACUAUGAACAAUAUAAUACGUGUGCCGGAUCUGUGAAAACUGGAGAUUUUGUUUAUGUAGCAACAGAUGGUGGCAGACAACAAAUAGCUCAAAUUGAUGCAAUUUGGGCAACGAAAGAUGGAAAAUGUUAUUUUAAAGGUCCUUGGUUAUUAAUGCCAGGAGAAGUUCCACAUGCGCCUACUAAAUUAUUUUAUAAGCAAGAAUUAUUCCUAUCUACAGUCGAUGGUACCCACCCUAUUGUUGCAAUUGUUGGAAAAUGUGCCGUCCUCGAUUAUGGAGAAUAUAUAUGCAGUCGACCAACAGAAAUUCCAGAAGAUGAUAUAUAUAUUUGUGAAUCUCUUUAUGAUGAAAGUAAAAAUUUAAUGAAAAAAUUAAAUCAAGAAGGAUUAAAAAAAUUUAAUCAUAGUGCUACCGUUACAGAAGAUGAAAUUUAUUUCUUCCGGAGACCAAUUAAUCCUGCUAAAGUUCCGGGUGACGUGGCUCAGACGCAAAAUCAAGUCAAGUCCGUCACGCCCAGUUCAGCUCAGUUUGAAAUGGAAGCAUCGCCAUUGUUACCGAAGCUGGAACCUGAUGUACUAGGCAUGGGAGUAGGAUUAGGAGUGGGAGUAGGAGUAGGAGUUGGGGAGGACAGCAUGGAUGCUGGUGGUCCACCGUCCGUUGGAUCUACUGAAGCUCAACCGGUGCUCUCCAAUACUCAAACACCUGUGUCGUCUAAAAAGAAAACGGCGGGUAAGAAAUUAGUUACGGGCUAUAUUUUAUAUUCGAGUAAAAUGCGAACGCAGAUUACGCAAAACAAUCCCGAAUCAUCCUUUGGAGAGAUUAGCAGAAUUGUUGGCAAUGAGUGGAGAAAAUUACCAGCAGGAGAGAAACAAGCUUGGGAAGAAAGAGCUAUUAAAAUGAACGAAGAUGGAGGACAGUUAAAAGGAACAUCUAUUUCAGUUGGAACAAAUGCUUUACAAGAUGUAGUGUAUGAAUGUUGUUGGGACAAUUGUGAUUGGCAAUUUGAAGAUAUGACUGAUUGUAUUGAUCAUUGUAUUGCUGAACAAAAUGGACAUGUACAAUCAUCUUUUACAAAUGCUGCUCCUGAUGUUGAUUUUCAAUGUCAAUGGCGUGGUUGUGGUCGUACUAAAAAAUCUGUACCACCAUUUCCGAGUGUACAGAGACUUGCAAGACAUGUUAAAGAGGUGCAUAUUCUUAAAGCAAAUGGACGUAUCAUCCCACCGUCUGAAAGGAGCAAAAACUACAUGGCUUCGAAAGGCCCUACGAUACUCCCACCAAUGGAAACAGAAACAUCAGCUGCAGCAACACAAACCAGUAAUAUACCAGCUAUUAAACAGCCUGAACCAAUAUUUGUUGCUGUGCCUCCAAGACCGAGUAGAGUAUUACAUUCGGAUGCAUAUUUACGGUAUAUCGAAGGAUUAAAUGUAGAAAACCGGUACAUAUCAAAUUGGGAUAAACAAAUGAAUGCUACUCCUGAAAAUACCCAAAUUCCUGAUAUAACAAAAUUACCUGCUGAAUGGUUGGGCAAUGGUGUGGGCAACCAUGGAAAUGUGGUGAAUGCCUUAUGGACACUCAGAAAUAUGAUGAUGCGGGAUGUGUUAGCUAUCAAUAAAACUUUAUAGUUUAUAAAUCGUUAAGAUCUGUAAUUUUUAACAAUUCGAUGCUACCUUAACUACAGUUCAUAGGUCCGUCGAUGCUACCUUAACUACAGUUUAUAGGUCCGUCGAUGCUAGAUGAAAGACUGACAAGCGCGGAUGGUUUCAAUAAUACUAUAUUUAUGUAUUAUGAUUUCCUGAUUAAUUUUUUCUGUACUAUUUAAGAAUAUUUAAUUUUUCUUUUGAAAACUUUAAUAAUAUGUCUCAUUGCCAUAACUAUAAAAUGAAAUUUUACAUUUAUACAAAUAUUUUUAAUCUAUUAGGCAUUACCAUACAAAUUUUUAUAUUAGGUAAUGCUUGGAUUAGCCAAAUGUACUUUUUUACACAGAGAUAAUAAGAUUUAAAAAAUAUUUCUCUGUGCACUAUUUAAAACAAACAAGGGGCAUAGACUAUAGAAAACUUCCUACAAAAAAAAAAAAAAAAAAAAUAUUUUAUGUAAAUAUUUUGCUAAGUUUUAUUUUUUACUUCUCAUGAAUAAGAUCUUGUAUUUUCUGUAUUACAUGCUAUAAAACUACAACUUGAGAAGUA